GUGAGACUGAGUGAAAGCUGGUGUGGUGGAGAGUUCUCUAGAGCUGAAAGCUCGGAUCUCACCUGUGGGUCAAGAUGGAACAUUUUGAUCCCCUGGGUUUCAACCUAAAAGACGUCCUGAGAAAGCUGGACAAGACUGAGUUGAACAAUUUCAAGAGAACAUUGAGGAGCUGUUCUCUGCCAGAUACAAUGAAACAGAUCAACAAGCUGACAAUGGACCUGGCUAAUGGAGCUCAGCUAGCAGAAAUUCUCACAGACCACUGCCCCAGUGCUUGGAUAAAGAGAGUCACCGUCCAGAUCUUAGAGGAAAUAAACCGUGUAGAUCUAGCUGAGUUAGUAGUAAAGCAAAUCGAAGAAGCAGUAUUAAAGGUACCUGAGGAAAAGGUUUCUUCUAAACCAAGAGAACCCUCGGGGACACUAACUUUCCCAUGGAAUUUUGUUCAAGGAGCUAAAAGGCCAGAGGACAAGCAAAAAGAGGAAUGGAAGACUAGAUACACAGCUAAAUGGAAGCAGAACUUCUGGCCUAAAUGCAAUAAAGAAAUCUAUGUGGUUACCGAGAGCUACAAGACACUCCUGGCAUUGUGUAACCCAAAGAUAGAAACCCCAUUUGCUCAUGCAAUUGUGCUGCAUGGCCCUCCAGGCUCUGGGAAAACCACAAUGGCAAAGCAGCUAAUGUUAGAAUGGUCAGAGAGUAAGCAGGCCCAGAUUUUCUCAUGUGCCUUCUACAUCAGCUGCAGGGAAGUAAAUAAUACUAAACCUUGCACUUUUGCCCACCUCCUCUCCAUGGACAAUCCCUCCUGGAGGGACUGUGUGAUUCGAGAUCUAAUCCUGGGAAAGGAAUUCUUAUUUGUGGUAGAUGGUUUUGAUGAGCUGACAUUCCCAGCAGGAGCUCUGAUCCGUGACCUUUGUGGUGACUGGAACACAGUGAAGCCUGUAGAGGUCUUACUGGGCAGUUUGCUGAAGAGGAAGAUGGCACCUCAUGCCACCCUGCUGGUAACCACACGGACACAGUCUUUGCACCAAAUCUUUGUCAUGAUGGAUCAGCCACUACUAGUAGAAACUCUGGGCUUCUUGGAGCAAGAAAAGCAGGAGUACUUUCAGAAAUACUUUGAAGAUGAGGAGGGUGAGGAGGAGGAUAAAGGUGAGGGAAAGGCACUUAGAGCUCUCAAGGAAGUGAGAUGCAAUGCUGAUCUAUACCAAAUGGCCUCACUUCCUACUGCAUGUGGGAUAUUCUGCCUCUGUCUGGAGCUAAGGAUGAAGAAGGGGGAAGACCUGUCUCUGACAUGUCAGACAUACACCUCUAUGUUCCUGAACUUCCUGUGCGAAGUCUUCUCAUCAGAAACCUGUGAGGACCAUCUCAAUGAGGAAUUCCAAAUCUUAUUCAAGAAAAUAUGUAUCCUGGCUGCCAAUAGUCUCUUGGAACAGGUGCCCAUACUCUGUGAAGAAGACUUCUUGACAUUAAAAUUGAACCUAAACAAUUUGCAUCCCAUGGUGUGCAGGCACAUCCUCUUUAAGGACAGUUCCAGUACACACUGUCUCUCUUUCAUCUGCCUCGGUAUCCAGCAACUCCUGGCUGCAAUAAUAUUUGUUCAGGAGCUUGGACAGGAAAGCAAGGGUGUCUCUAAAUAUAGUAUACAGAACAUGCUUUCAAGGGAAGCAAGAUUAAAAAACCCUGACCUGUCUGGGCUGCUGCCAUUUGUAUUUGGCCUCCUGAAUGAGACUCGUAUUCAAGAGUUGAAGACUACUUUUGGCUGCCAAAUAUCAACUGAGGUCAAGAGAAAAUUCCUGGAGUGUGAGUCAGGGGAAAAUAAACCCUUACUAUUACUGAUGAAUAUGCAAGAAAUCUUGUCCUGUCUCUAUGAAUCUCAGGAGGAGGGGUUUGUGAAGGAAGCCAUGGUCCUCUUUGAGGACAUCUCCUUGCAUUUGAAAACCAGCACUGACCUCAUUCAUGCUUCAUUCUGCCUCAAGAACUCUCAGAACUUGCAGACAAUGUCCCUGAAAGUAGAAAAGGCGGUCUUUCCAGAGAAUGUUGCUGCACUAGAGUCCACAGCUAAGCAUCAAAGGUCCCCGGAUGAACAACGCAUGUUAACUUUCUGGACAGACUUUUGUGACACAUUUAAUUCAAAUAAGAAACUGGUAUUUCUAGACAUCCAUGAAAGCUUCCUCAACAGCUCUGCACUGGAGAUUCUUUGUGAAAAGCUGCCCUCUGCUUCCUGUUGUCUCCAGAAAGUGGUCCUCAAAAAUAUUUCCCCAGAUGAUGCCUACGAGAAAUUGUGCCUCAUUUUUAAUGGUUAUAAAACCAUCUCACAUCUGAUCCUGCAAGGUGGCAACCUGGACAGCAUGCAUCACUCACUGUGUGAGGUUCUGAAAAAUCCAGCCUGCAACCUGAAGUUUCUCAGCCUGGGAUCUUGUUCUACUGCUGCUCAGAAAUGGGAUGACUUCUUCCCAGUCCUGAAAGUCAAUCAAUCCCUGAUAUUUCUGGAUCUCACAGACAACAGUCUCUUGGACAAAAGUGCUAAGCUCCUAUGUAAUAUUUGGAAGGAACCAAAGUGCAUACUGCAGAGGGUAUCGUUGGAGAACUGUCAGCUCACUGAAGCCUGCUGCAAGGACCUCUCUUCCGUUUUGAUGGUCAGCCGAACUCUGACACACCUCAGCCUGGCCAACAAUAAACUUGGGGAUAACGGAGUGAAAAACCUGUGUGAAAGCAUAAGCUGCACGGAGUGCAAUCUACAGACCCUGGUGCUGUGGUCCUGUAACAUCACCAACGCUGGUUGCCACUAUCUCUCAAAGAUGCUCAAACAAACACUGAGCCUGAAACACUUGGAUCUGGGGCUAAAUCGCAUCGGAACCAAAGGAGCAAAGUUUCUGUGUGAGGCUUUGAAGAACCCCAAGAGUAAAUUGAAAAGUCUGUGGCUGUGUGGAUGCUCCAUCACUCCACUGAACUGCCAAGACUUCUCUGAGACUCUUAGAAGCAACAAGAGCCUGAACACUCUAGACCUGUCUCAGAACGUCCUGGGAACUGAUGCCAUAAAGACAUUCUGUGAAGCCUUGAAACUUCAGAUUUGCCCCCUGCAAAUGCUUAGAUUGAAAUUUGAUGAAGCUAAACCUAGUAUCCAGAACCUGAUCCAAGAGAUGAAGGUGAGCCAUCCACAACUGAGAAUCAGCAGUGACCAAGUGGAUCUUAAGAAUCCUCCUCUUCCUCAUUUCAUUUUUUGAGGCCAUUCUUCUCCAAAAGAUGUGGGUGAAGACUCUCUGGGCACCCUCUCUGAUUUAUUGGCAUCUGAGAUAAAUGUCCUUAUCCUUCCCAGAUCUAUGUAUAAAACUCACAAAUGUCAUUAAACAGGAAUAAAUGUAAAACAUUCGUAUCACUGGUAUAUUGGGGAAUAAAAGGGAAAACAUGCAUGA